AUGGCUGCGCCUACCUUCGACGACGACCUGUUCGACUUCAAUCUGGAUGGCGCAAGCGUCGAAGAAGAAGGCAGCGCCGAUAGCGCUGGACUAGACGACAGCGGCUUUGCUGCUGGCGCGGUCGAUGGUGACGUGGACGCUGAGCCCGAGGCGAAUGAGGGUUCCCUGGGCUCGAGCGAGAAGAGGAGACGCAAGAGGGGCUCCCGUGGUGGCUCGAACACCUCUGACAAGGACCGCAAGUGGCGAUCAGGAGCCGCCCCGGAGUUCGAUGGAGAUGUGGAGCGGAACCCAUACUGUCUGAGACACUACCGAAGAAAGCUUCUUCGGUGGGUUCGCAUAACCAAGGAGUUUUUGCCGCCGAACGAGCAGGCCUUGAGGGCGCUGGAGAAGCUGACGGGUGAGGCCGAGCUGGAGUUUGAAGAGGUGCCGAACGACAGGUUUGACAAGGCCGACGGCAUCAAGAUCCUCCUCCAGGACCUAGACAAGGCCUUCGGUGAGCGGGAGAUCUUUCGACAGGGCGGCGUCAUCCGUGAGUUCGAGUCGAUUGGUCGUAUGCAAGGUGAGUCUAUCAAUGCCUUCAUCCGGAUGUUUCGCCUGCUGGAGCGGAAGUUGUCGGACAACAAGGUCCCCGAGUACCCGGAGCAGGCGCGAGUGAUCAAGCUGCUGGACGGUUUGAGGCUUGAUGAGAAGUCAACGGCUGCUGUGUUGCUGGCAGCCGGCAACCGCUACUGCAUGAAAGACGUGCUUGAGGCUUUGAGAAUACAGUAUCCUCCGGGCAUGACCAUUACCGGCCUCCCGAGAGGACUAGCUUCAUUGCCUUCAAGGACCUCCAGGUCGGUUUCCUCAAGGGCAUCCUCUAACCGGUCCACUACGUCGAACAGUACGAGGAGGAGCUCCAGGUCUUCGAGAUGGACGCAGUGGCAGACGGAGUGGGAUCCCACGAUCUACGAGGACCAGUACGAGGACGACGAGCCGGAGGCGGAUGUCGAGGAACAGGGCGCCGACCAGGAGAACUACGAGCCCAAUGACGUUGAGCAUUACGACGAACAGGAGGAAGAGGAGCUGAUCCCGGACGACAGUCAGGUGGCUGACGAGGGCGACAAUGGCGGUGUGGACGAGGUCUCGGCGCUGCUGGCAGCCACCGAGGCCCUGACGGUGACGAGUAAGAAGCUCGCCGGCAUGAUGCAGAGCCGGGGCUUCUACAUGGAUGGCAAGGGCAAGGACAAGGGCAAAGGCAAGUCUUCCGACCGGAAGGGCAAGGGCAAAGGAAAGCCGAAAUCUGGCGGCAAGACCGCCGGCAAAGGCAAGAGCGCUGGCCGAAAAGGCCCUGGGAAGCCCAGCGCAGCCGCGAACAGCGGCGAUCGUCAGCGCCGUUUGCAAGGCGCUCUUUGCUUAGGAUGUGGCGCGGCGGACCACUGGAUAAGGGAGUGUCCCCACGUCACUCCGUUUCAGGCCCAACUGGCAUCGGCGGAUGUGGAACUCGACGCCGAAGGCGUGCCCGUCGUCCAUGUCGGCUGGAUGGUGAGCACUGAGGAUCCGGAGAGCGAGGAAAAGGUGUGCUACGAUGUUCCUCGGCCUCCCUCUGUGCUGUUGAGCAAGUGUGAAGACGCUUCCUACAUGAUUGCCGAUACAGGGUGUCAACGUCAGGUAGCAGGCAGUGUUUGGCAUCAGCAACGACAAAUCGAAACACUCUUUCUUUGCCCUCUUCGCUACGCUGAGUCGUGUCGUUUUUCCUUUGGUCCAACCAAGAGCAUGCCGAGCAAGGGUCGUUACCUGUACCCAACAGGGAUUGCGGGGCAGUUGGUGAUGAUGGGAAUCAGUGAAGUGGAAGCUCCCGCUCCCGGGCUGUUGUCUCGACCCACCAUGGAGGCUCUUGGGGCGGUUCCCGACGUGCUGGCCGGGGUGAUGCACUUCAAGGCGUUCAAUGCUUCCACUCAAUUGUACCUCAGCCCAUGUGGACAUCUUGCCUUGAGAGUAGAUGAGUGGCCGAGUGAGUGCUUCGAGUGGCCUGGCAAGUACGGUAAGAUGAACUUUCCACGACAGGGCCCUUCGGAUGUGCUUCACGACAAGAUGUUCUCUCCCGAGGAUGUGAGGCUUCAAGCCAUCAGCAAUUCGAAGGCGAAGGAGCAUCCCCGAUGGCUCGUGAACUGGCGAUGGCUGCUGGUGCACCUCCAGGAGUUCAUCACGACUACUCAACAAGCGGUGCUCUUCUACUCGGCGGCGACCCUACGUCCCAGACUGAAGGACGCCGUGUUGAAGGAGUUCAUGGAGCCUUGCUCGGCAGUGACCAUGAUGGGAACCCAGGCGGCUAUGGCGGCGGCUCAGGCGCUGCAGUUGAACUCGUAUGCCAAGAACCCCGAGAAGUGCGACCACACAAGCGGAACGGGGACAAGGACCUAUGCCGCCGGGGGACAAAGGAUCCGCAUCUGCGAUGCAUGCGGGAUGCGGUGGGCCAUCACGGCGAAGGGAGAAGCUAUCGCAGCCACACCAAAGGCAAGCCCGAGUGCCAAAACUCCUUUGGGGCUCACGGACGCUCAGAAGAAGAAGAUCGCCCAGGCCAAGAGCAAGACCGCUGCCGCUCCGCCCGAAAAGGGGGCUCUGUCCGACGGGUCGUGGUCGCGCUUAUCAGCCUCCUCGCGGGUGCCAUUGCCGGACAGGGCACCUCCUCCACCACCGACCUCGAGCUGGGAGCGUCCGACUCAGAAUCCGAGUAUGUUCCAGCUGUUUGGCCAAGGACGGCGACCGAGGCAAUGGCACGCCAGCCGGUCCAAUGCGGGGUCGGACACGGACAUGAGCACGACGUCCCAGUCCACAAGUCGCAAGCACAAGCCAAAGCCGGCGAACAAGCUUCUGGAGGACACCGGCCUCACUCCCGAGGAGCUGGACGCCAUCUUGAUGAGCCAAGCCGACGAUGUCAACUCAUGGGAGGAGCGCAUGUCAAGAGACGAUUGGGACGUGGACAUGCGGGAUCAGAUGCCAUCGGCAAUGAGGCGCGAGUUCGAGGAGCGCCGUAUGAGGCGCGACGACGAUGGCGAAGAACCGGGUGAUCUCGCUGAACUACUUCCUCACCCCUGCGGUUCAGCGGACGAUCCACUCGGUGACGAAGAUCGUGGAUGUUUUCCGUUGAAGCCGCGAACCCGAAAACGGCUUUCGGGAGCUGCCAGGUCCCUUUGGGAAGCCUGGCAAGUGGAGGCCCAAGUGUACUCGCAACGGGCGGCUGCGAGUCGCAAGCUUCGUGAACAUUUGGCCGAUGUGGUCGAGAUCGGAAGUUCUCCUUGGAGCCUCUCCGAAUGUGCUAUUCGGGCAGGUCUACGUGUUGCCGAGCCCCUGGACGGCAUGCAGGAGCUCCCUUCGGCGAUUGAGAAUGCCAUCCUUGACCGGAAGCCCUACGUGAUCUAUUGGGAGUUGCCUGAGAACGACCGUGCGAAGCUCUACUUGUCGGGUUGGGCGAGGCUUCUGCGAAAGGGGCUUCUGCGUGAUGUGGAUGUGAUAGUGCGAGCACGUCACGACCACCCCGCCUGGUUCACGAAGGAGUUCACUGAGCUGCAGGCUGUGAGCGACAGUCAACCGGUUCGUUUUGGGAAGUACCUGUACCUGUGCAAGCUCCAACCUGUCCUGGAGGAGUUGGCGGACAUGUCGGGCAAUGAGGACCACGCCCGGGCAGUACUUCGAGGCGUACAACGCUCUCUACAUCAGGCUGGUGAUGAACGCUGGAACCAGAACUGGUGUGUGGAAACAAGCCUCCCUGGGGAGGCCACGGCAUGGAUACAAGACGCCCACCUUCAGCCCGCGAUGCCGCUUUCGGUGCACACAUGGGAGCCUCCCGGUGAAGCGACUGCUGAGGUCUUCUUCUUGGAUAUCACCCGGCAUGAGGACUCCUGGAAGCCCCUGUUGGAUGAAGCCGAGACCAGGCUCAAGGGAAUGACCACGAAUGCGGUGACGCUGAAACCUUCGCCCUUCUACGAACGCGUGAAGGCCCUGGUUCCAUGGAAGCUGAAAGGGUCCAGAUCUUCCGUGGAAGUAUCCCAAGAGGGCAUCCAACAUCGUGGUGCUGCUCUCCUCUACAACGACGGCACGAUCGGACUUGAGGCCGAGAAGGUCAGCACGAUCAUUGAGGCCCCCACCAGCAAGUACGCCAAGCCGGUGCGCAUCGCUAUCUACUUCUACGGCGACGCGCCUUCCACCUCCAUGAACGACAAGGACAACGACCAACCCGAGCCAGCAAAAGUUCGAGUAACGCCGCCCGAGGCGGACACCAACGAGGAGAUGCUGCCCAACCAGCCAGGGUACCGGGACAUCUCCUUCCCUGGAGUCGAUAUCCCGAAGUUCAUACAACAGGUUCUCCGACGUCUGCACUGUAACCUGGGGCAUCUGCCCAAAGAGACGCUGGUGAGACAUUUGGCAACCGCCAAGGCGUCCGAGCUUGCCUUGAAAGGUGCGCGACACCUACGCUGUGAGGUUUGUCUUCGAGUAAGUCCUCCGCAUCAACCCCGAGUUUCGAAAGCCUUUCAGGCUAGACGUUUUAAUGAUCGUCUCUGCCUGGACAUCCUCUACCUCAAGGACAUCCGCCGUGGCACCCACAUCUUCCUCAAUUGCGUGGACGACGCUACUUGUUAUCAGUCGGCCUCCCGUCUGCAGUCCCGCUCGGAAGAGAACGUGGUGUCCAACCUGGUGAAUGGAUGGUUCUGUUUCUUUGGAGCUCCAGACGAAAUGGCCUUGGAUGCGGAAGGAGCUUUCCGGGGCAUGAGGUUCGAGUCCCUGCAUGCGCAGCUCAACGUGGAUGUGCGCUGCAUCCCUCCAGACGCACACUGGCAGCUCGGGAAGGCCGAACGUCAUGGACAGGCGCUCAGAUACAAUGCCUCCCGACUUAUCAACCAGUUUGCGGCGCUGACGAUCCCCGAGGUGAACUUGUGCGUGGCCAUGGCAUGCCAGGCGAAGAACCGUCUCCUAAGGCGGAGUGGAUCGAGCCCCGGUAUUCGGGAGAGACCCCAAGCUGCCGGCUGCUCUCUUCUCACCAACGACUCCGAGCGGCUCCUACAGAUUGAGAGUGUGAGGACCCAGGCGAUGAUCAACCGCCACGAGUACGAGGCUUCUCAAGCUCUACGUGCAGCCCUUCUCCGCGUAAAGGCCGCCCCUAUCAAAGUGGCUUACUACCGCAAACGUACAGCUGCGGGUGACGGCGAGGGCACUGUUGAGGGUUACCGCCAGGGCAUCGUUCUGGCGCUGGACCGCAACCCCAGCUCCAAUGUUGCCGUCAACAUUUGGAUUCGUAACUCCCGUGGUCGUCUAGUGCAGUGUUCCCCAGAGCAGGACCUGGAGGUCUUAAGAAAGUCGGACAAGGAGUUGCAGAUCCACCCCAGGGCGUUUCGCCCGGUCGACCGUCCAGGUCUCGAGUCCGAUGGUCGUGUUCUGGCCGAAUUGGAGGGCGCCGUUGACACUCCCAAUGCUGGCCCGACCGCUGAGGAGCUCCAGUCGCUUUGGACCCAGCAGGCCUCCGCUCAUGUUGAUACCGCCCACGCCGAGAUCGGCACCGGGCACUCCGAGAUUGAGGGCGAGAUCGAGAUCUAUGCCCAGGGCAGGGCGCGGUUCUGCCCCUUUGGAAGCUGA